AUGGAUGAAACUAACCCAGGUCCCAAAGUCCAUACUUUUUUACCUUUUCACAUGGUUCACCGAAAUGAGAAAAUUAUCCUGAAUAAACUACAAGGACUGGUCAGAAAUAUUAAAUGGAGUCCCAGCGAUGUCUCAGACUUGUUUGAUGCUCUACUAAAUCGAUUUGAGUCAUUUGCCAAUGAAAGAUCUGAUCUUAUUCCAUGGAUGGUUCAAAUGUUGCACUGCAUCGAAGUUAACUGCAUUAGUUCCACUUGGAGAUCUAAAUCAGAAAACACACUUAUCGAACUGGUCAGAGAAACUAGAAUGAAAGAUGAAAAUCUCAAGAAACUUCUGGCAGAUGACGCAGACAAGACAUUGACACAGAUUAUUGGGGAAAUUCGAAGUGAAAAGUUAAACCAAGUAAAUGAUGAGCUGUUAAAGGAGGUGAGAGACAUCGUCUCCUCUGUUGAUCAAGAGCUGACGUCGAAAGGUAAUGGACAACAACUGAGUGGCUUGAAAAAAGAUUUACUAAAACUCUGUCAAACAGCAGAAAAAACUCAUUUCAGGCCACGACUGACACAGAUGGUGAGCUGGUGUCUCAUGGCUCUUUCCAACACAGGGCGGUUGAUCCAGGUUGGUACUGGAGAAGGGAAGUCCUGCAUUGUGGCAAUGUUUGCUGCCUAUAGAGCGAUGAAAGGUGACAAAGUUGAUAUUAUGUCAAGCUCAUCGGUUUUAGCAGAGAGAGACAUGGAAGACUGGGAGGAAUUUUAUGCUACUUUGAAUAUCAGUGUGGACUGCAACGUGAACAAACAAGACGAAGACCUAAAAAAGUGCUAUAAGAGUCAAGUUGUUUAUGGUACUGUGGAACAGUUUGCUGGAGACUGGCUUCGACAACACUUUCAUAGGAUGGAUAUAUUCAGUCAGAGGACAUUCCAGUGUGCAAUUCUGGAUGAAGUGGACUCGUUGAUGUUAGACAAAGGUCAUAAUACUGUCUAUUUAAGCAGUGACAUGCCUGCUCUGCAGCAUCUCAACCCUCUCUUGGCAUUCAUAUGGGCCACUUCAAAUCAGUACAACAAGAUAGGUGCUAACAAAUAUGUUGGACAAAAAUACCUCUUUCCUCAAGUUGUACUGAAACACAUAAAAGAAAAGGGCAUCGAAGAGUACGCAAUACUUCAAAUAGCUGAGGACACUGGUGUUUUGUCCAAAGGCUCAGUCCAGGAAAUACAAAGAGACCCAAAACGUUUAAUGGAGAAAACUGCAAGUGUUGCAACUGACAAGCUGGUUGACUUCUUAAGAACAAUAGAGAAGAGAUUCCCAUCCUGCCAGUUUGCUUUAUACACAAAUAGAAAUGGAGUUUUAGAAAAGCUGAACAGAAAGUCUCAAGAAGAAUGUGAGCAAAAACCAGUGUCUCUUCUUUUGGACGGUGGUUUCUGUCAAUACAUGUAUCAUGAUAAAGACAGUGUGUUGAGAGCUGCAAAAGAAGAAAUUAAACAUGCUUUGCAUUUCACACCAUGUGAACUGAAAAAGACUGGAGACUGCUGCUAUGUCCCAGGCUUUCUCUAUGAUUUGGUCAAAUCUAAACUACAAGUUUGGAUUGAAAAUGCAUUUCUUGCCCAAAGUAUGGAGGAUGAACAUGAGUAUAUCCAGGAGCAGCAUAGAAUAGUACCAGUGGACUACAGCUGCACUGGUGUUGUUGAAAACUUUAUGGAAUGGAGUGAUGGUCUUCAGCAGUUUCUGGAAAUGAAACAUCAGUCAAAGAUGAGUGAUAUGACAGCCAUCACUAACUACAUGUCAAACGUUGGCCUGCUUCAACUGUAUAAAAGUCAGAUCUAUGGAAUGUCAGGGACUCUUGGUCAACAACCAGAGAUUGAGACUUUACAGAAGAUAUACACAAAUAUCCAAACCUGUCAGAUACCAUCAUUCAAGCGCAGAAAACUCUUUGAGGUUGAAGGAGCGGUUGUGAUCGAUGAAAUGACAUGGAUAAAGAAUAUUUGUGAUGCUGUUGUUGAACAAAUACAGGAGACAUCUUACAGGGGUGCAAGAGCUGUGCUGAUCAUCUGUGAGACCAUAAAGUUGGCAAAAGUUCUUCACCAAGCUCUUGAAAUUAAGGUCCCUAACAAAACUCUUUACAUUAACAACAACAUGGACAACAGUGCAAUCGUUACCAACAAACUGGGAGCAGGAGAGGUCAUUAUAGCCACAAACCUUGCUGGUCGUGGAACAGAUCUUCAGGUUUCUGACUCAGUAAAAACAGCUGGUGGUUUGUUUGUUGUGCAAACUUUCCUUCCCAAGGACGCUCGUGUGGAGGCUCAGGCCUUUGGUCGUGCAGCGAGACAAGGAUCUCCAGGAUCUGCUCAACUCAUUGUUUGUUCUCAACAUCUGCGAGAUGCAGAGCCACUCCAGUUGUUGGUUUUAACAAGGAAAUUUUUAUCUUUAAUGGAAAAUAUGUUAGAUGAUUCAUCAUCCUUUCAAGAUCUAUUUGUAAUGAAACUGAGGUUGUAUCAGAAAAGUUUCACCAACAAACAACGUAAAGAGAUUUCUUCUUUACUUUCACAUAUAUUGACAGAGGAAUCCACGUCAGAUAUAAUGCUGGCUAAAAAGAUCAGAGAUGAAUCAGAGGCUGGAAGACUGUCUAGAUAUGUGGAUCACCACAUCCCAAACAUAAAAAAGAAGGAGGAGCUUUUCAAUCAGUAUCUGGAGAUACUGAACCAUCUGUACAAAAGCAAUAGCAACAAGCCGGCAGCAUCAGAUGUGUCUGCACUCAAUGAAUUUUGGGGAAUAUGGCUGCUCACAAAGUUCAAUGAAGAAGAGUCGAUCACUACGUUGAAAAACAGUCUUAAUGAAGACCUAAGCAAAGCCAUUCAAAAGCUCAGGCUGAGAGAACCCCCCUUACCAAACUUGCACCAUUACACUUUAUUUGGCAAUGAGCUACGAGAAAAAGGAAUGCUUUCAGAAAGUAUCAACAUGUACACUAAAGCCAUAGAUGAUGACCCAUGUUGGGCAGCAAUUGCAUAUUACAAUCGUGCAUUUGCAAAUUUAACGCAGCUCAACAAACUUUUUGACCCUGAGUGCAUUAAUGAAAUUCUUAAGGAUUUGCAAAAAUCACUCAAAUCUGUGGAAUUCUACUGUGACCAACUUGACAUCACCUAUAGAUGCAUCGCACAGCAAAACUCGGGCUCCAACAGAAACUCGACUACCAGAUUUUAUAAACACAUCAAGGUCAGACGCAUAGUUCAGGUGGCUUUCAAAGCCAAUAUAUUUGAAGCAAUACAGAAGGUAGACAGAGCAAAAGACUUAGGCUGUCCUGUUAGAUUUCAAAAGAAACAAGUGUACUUUCUUUUUCCACCAGAACAUUUUAUGCCCUUGCCAGUCCUCUUCAUGGAAUUAGAGAGAGAGAUUUAUUCCAGAGGCCCUCAGAUGAUCCAUAAUCUUGUCAGCCACCCUUCCUUUGACACAUUCAUUGAACUCGUGCAUCUUGAAUCAAUGGGCCUCAUUCAUAUUUAUGCCCAAGAUACAUUGAUUUCUCUUGGCUUUUUCUCUAAAAGCUUACACAAAGCAUUUCUUGGCUUUUUGAAACAGAUCUACUGA